GUAAAAGAUGGAGGUGAGUAUGCCAAGAGAGCAAGCAGGAAUCUUGCCGUCUCCUCAGCCGCGCAACAGGGAGUCUCUCUCUCCCUCUGUAGGUCCGAGAGUAACGCCGGUCAACGAGGGACCUCUCAACGUCAUCCUCGUCGAGAAUAACUCACCCGACCAAAAUAUCGGGCUACUCGCUCUCAACAUCUUAAUCGGCUGCUCAGUUCUGUGCCCGCUUAGAGAUCCGAGCACUGAUAAAGAGAGAAGAUGAGGAGAAUGCUCCUACCAUUCUGCUGAAACAAUAAAGAUUUGUUCUUUGAGUGUUUUCUUCUUGCAGGAGCUUGAAAGAGUGAUUUUUCUGUAAAAAGAUACGAUCUUUCAUCUCAUCGGUUUAGAAAUCUCAGAAAAAAGGUGUGUGCACUGCGGUUAUUUGGUGUGAAGUCUGAAGAAGACGAGAUGGGUUGAGUUUACAAAUAGGGGUUGGCUGUUGGAAAUGAUGAAUGACAAUGACUUGGAUUCUCAACUAUGGCAUGCUUGUGCUGGUGCAAUGGUGCAAAUGCCAUUAAUAAAUUCUAAAGUAUUCUACUUUCCCCAAGGCCAUGCUGAGCAUGCACAAAGCCCAGUUGAUUUUGGCAAUUCUCUAAGAAUUCCUCCUCUUAUUCUUUGUCGUGUUAACUAUGUAAAAUACAUGGCUGAUAGUGAAACUGAUGAGGUCUAUGCCAAAAUUUUCAUGACCCCUCUAAGAGGCAUUGAGCUAGAUUAUUGUGAAGAUGAUGAACUUACCUUAGGAAGCAACGGGUCAGAAUCACAAGAAAAACCUUCAUCUUUUGCAAAAACAUUGACCCAAUCUGAUGCUAACAAUGGUGGCGGUUUCUCUGUUCCGAGAUAUUGUGCAGAGACUAUCUUCCCUAGAUUGGAUUACUCUGCUGACCCGCCUGUCCAAGAAGUUCUAGCCAAGGAUGUCCAUGGCAAGAUUUGGAAAUUUCGACAUAUCUAUCGAGGGACACCUCGCAGGCACUUGCUCACCACUGGCUGGAGCAAUUUUGUCAACGAGAAGAAGCUAGUGGCCGGCGAUUCCAUUGUGUUCUUAAGAACCAAGAAUGGUGAUCUUUGCAUGGGUAUUCGACGAGCAAAUAGAGGAUUUGGAAAUGGAUUCGAGUCCCCUAUAAGUUGGGAUCAUCCUAUGGGAAAAUGCAUGUAUGAGGGACUCUCUAUUUUAUUGAGGGAGGAGGAGAGCAAGUUUAUAAGGGGAAACACUCAUGGAGAUUCAAACAUGAGGCCAAGGGGUAAAGUGAAGGCAUGCACUGUGAUUGAGGCCAUUACACUUGCAGUUAAUGGUCAACCUUUUGAAGUUGUUUACUAUCCAAGAGCUAGCACUCCAGAGUUUUGUGUAAAGGCAUCAGCAGUGAAAGCUGCAGUGAGGAUCCAAUGGUGUACAGGCAUGAGGUUUAAGAUGGCAUUUGAGACCGAUGAUUCCUCUAGGAUAAGCUGGUUCACAGGGACAGUAUCUGAUUCUCAUGUUUCUGAUCCUACAAGGUGGCCUGGAUCACCAUGGAGGCUUCUUCAGGUUUCUUGGGAUGAGCCUGACCUCUUACAAAAUGUAACAAGUGUAAGUCCAUGGUUAGUGGAACUCAUCUCAAACAUGACAACCAUCAACUUAGCUCACUUGUCGCCUCCGAGAAAAAAAACUCGGAGCUCACAGCUUUCUGAUUUCCCACUCGAUGCUCAACUUCCAACCUCCAUAAUCCCCAAAAACCUCCUUACUCCCAGCAGCAGCCCUUUGUGUUUUCUCCCAGAUAACACUCCUGCAGCUGGUAUACAGGGAGCCAGGCAUAGUCAGUAUGGAUUAUCUUUACCAGAACUGCGCUUUUUUCAUGGACUCGAUCACUUUCCUCCACCUUCGAGAAUCUCUACUGGCAUCAAUGGUGGCGAUAAUUCUUGCAUGUUGACCAUAGAAAAUUCUCAGAAGGGGAACAAGGAAUGCAAGAAACGUCAGUUUAUGCUCUUUGGAAAAGUUAUCCUCACUGCAGAAGAGCUCUCAACUAUCAACAAAUACAGCCCAUCAGGUUUGAAUUCGAUGAAGAUGAUGUCUGAUAAUUCAUCUUCUGAAGCGCUUUAUUUGAAUAAAGACAAGAAAGUUAAUGAGCUUGGACUGGAGACUGGACACUGUAAGGUGAUCAUGGAGUCAGAGAAUGUAGGCCGAAACCUUGACCUUUCUACAUUUGGUUCAUAUGAGGAGCUGUAUAGAUUGGCAAACAUGUUUGGAAUUCGAAAGUCUGAGCUUGCAAGCCGUUUACUUUACCGAGAUCCAGCUGGGGUGCUCAAACGCACUGAAGAUAAGCCUUUUGUUGAGUUCAUGAAGGGAGCGAGAAAGCUAACCAUUAUAAUGAAAUGAAUUCAAGCAGCGAAGAUGGCGCCAUGUUGCAGCAGAACAGACGCUUCUUUCAAGUGUACAGAGCUGUCUAUUCUAAGUUUGUUUUUGAGCAUUAAUUAUGUCAGUUUGCACUACUCAGAGACUUUAAGUAUGAAACUUAGUAUUUAUUCUCUUUCUAAACUUCUUUAUAGAAAUAUCACAUAUGAUAUUCUAAUGUGUUUAGUUUAUGCA